UGUUGAAUAUCUUUUUCAGUACAACCACAUCGUGCACUGAGCCUAAGAGUAUAGUGCUAAAUCCAGAACCAGCUUGCAAGAACACGAGGGAUUGCGAAACGCGAAACACAAACAAAACCGUAUGUGGUAACAGAUACAGACCUUCAUGAGUUUCGGAACUCAGGUGAGCGGCUUGCGCUGCUCGUCUCUUGGGGCAUGGCCGUCGGCAAGCAAGCGCAGCGUUCCGCUUUAUAGCAGUGCGCUGCCCAGCCGCCAGCUGCCCAGAUGCUUACGGCUUCACCUGCAAGCCGCAACCUCCUCAUCCAGCGGCGAUCCGGGCUCAUUUAGCCUCGACCCAUGGCCGCCCACCCGUGGUUGGAGCGAUAAAGAUGAACGGAGUUGGCGAAGGUCCCAACCGCGUCUUGCGUCCAACAAGUCGACUCCGGUGGCGCGCGGUGCUCAUCAUGAGCCCCCACCACACAAGGAAGGUCAGCUGGUGGAGGGAGUCGUCGUGCGGGUCGAGCCCUAUGGUGUGUUCGUGGAGGAAAGCCAGCAGGAGGGCGGCAGCAGCAGCAGCAGCGGCGGAUUCCGCUGGUUGCUGCACGUGAAGGACAUGAGCUCGCAGUACGUGUUCACGGCACCCGACCACUUCCGACUUGGAGACCAGGUGGUUGCGGUUGUGACGAAGAUGCCGGAGGAUGUCCAGGGGGGGGGCCGGAGCUUGCUGAGCACGAAGGAGCUGGAGCGGGAGCCGGGGGAGUUUCUGACGGAUCGAGAAGGCGUGUACGAACGCGCUGCGGAAACUCUCGCCAUGCGGCAGCAAGCGGCGGCGGCGGCACAGCAGCAGGCAACGGACCCCCAGCAGUCCAAGCCAGCUGACCUCCCUGACGCCGUUUGGGAACGCCUCAAAGUCGGCACGCUGGUACCGGGUGUGGUGGAGAGCGUACAGCCCUCGGGCGUGGUAGUGCGUGUUUACCUACCCUCAUUCGAUCUGGAGGAGGCCCAUUGGGAACACAGCUUGGACUUUGCGAAUCAAGAACAUAGCAGGCUACUUCGAGGAUAUGACACCGGUAGUGCUGCUGCUACUGUAUCGUUGACGGGUCUGCUGCCCACUGGCGCCAUCAGCCACUUCCGGGGCGUCGUACCGGAGGCGCUGUUCAAGCGGGGAGAGAUGGUGUACGCACACGUACAGGAGCAGCAGCGGGAGGCUGGGCGGCUGAGGCUGACAAUGAGAGACCAGGAGACCCUCCCAGGUGACAUCGUCCUCUUCAAGGAGCGCAUAUUUGAAAAGCAUAUGUUUCGGGGGCUCAUGGACUUUGGGGCGCCCCUCUCACCAUUUGAGUGGGACGAAGGAGUGGCUGCCAAGGAAGCGAAAGAAGGCAAGCCGCGAUGGCUCAAGGUUGGCCGGCUGGCGUAUGGCGUGGUGACAGGCCUCACGGACACGUGUGCCUUCCUGGCCCUUCCGGGCUGCAACCACAACGAAGCAGUCCUGCACCUGCGCGACUUGUCAUACCUGGUGCCUGCUGCAGUGGACCCGAGUGGUGAGGAAAGCGGCUCCAUGGUCUCAUCUACGGUAUCAUCUACGGUGCAGCAGGCAGAGGGAGGCAGUGCUGACAGCAAUGAGAGCCAGGAUGAACCUGCAGCUACGGAAGGAGCUGCCGCUGCUGCUACUGUCACUGCUACUGUCACUGCUACUGUCACUGCUACUGUCACUGCUACUGUCACUGCUGCUGCUGCUGCUGCUGCUGCUCCCGUGCAUUCCAUGCGCAAUUACCUGAGGAUUGGUGACCGAGUGGCUGGAAUCGUGAAGAGCCUGCCCCAGCACGUCUCAGCUGAAUCCCAUGUGGAAAUCAGCACCUGCGAUCUGGAGUACCUACCAGGGGAAAUGCUGUGGGACCCUGCAUCAGUUUACAUCCAGGCUGGCUCACGCCAUGACGAUUUCAGGAGCCGCGCGAACCAGCUUUGGAAAGCACUGGGCAGCAAGCUUGCUGACAGGCGACGCAUCGACAACCUGCCGUCCCUGGCCGCGAUGCAGCACUGGCUGAAGGCCCAACAGCGGAACAACAACGGAGUUCCCGUGCCUGCUGCAGCCCUGGCUGGGUUGCCCGUCGUCCCAGAGAAACUGUCUCACAAUGAUGGCAGCGUGACGGGGAUUUCAGCAGCUGCAGCAGCACCGUCGGGGGCUGCUGACGAGUCGUCAGCAGCGCUGGCGGCAGCAGCUGAGCAGGCCUGCCAGCGUAAGGGUGCACUGUGGCUGGAGACGGCUGCCUGGGUGCAGGAGGUGGCAGCAGCGCGGAAGAAGCUGCAACGCACGCUAUGUGAUGAGGCAGGGAAGCAUUUUGACGGCCACGUCGCUUCGGCGGCCAAGGAGCAGCAGGCGGGUCAAGCGGCCUCAGGGGACGAGAAGGAACGUCAGCAGCAGGACGGGCGUGAUAGGGAGCGGCAGAAAGCCGAGCCGGUCCGCCCGGGCCUGAUGGACUGGACGGUGGUUGCGGUGACCCCUGAGGGCGCCCUGCUGUCCAAUGACUUGGUAUACGGCUACCUGCACGCCAGCGAUCUGUCAAAUGCGGUACCCGAGUCCGAGCCAGCUGCCAGCCCCUUCAACCCCUGGCGCAAGGGCCUUGACAGCCGUUGGUGCUUCCCAGAGCGCCGGUUCUGGUUCAGUGUAGUGGACCAGCUGCUCAAACCAGGCGAUAAGGUGAAGGCGGCGAUUGUGGGGCGACAGACGACGCACACCAGGGCAUUCCUGGGUGAAGGAGGAGCAGCAGCUGGAGUGCUGUACUUGGCAAAGCAGGAAAUGGAGUGUCCCGCCGAUGUAGUACGAGUGAGCACCAAGGAACUGGAGCAGGAGCCGGGCGACAUGUUUCACGAUGCAGCAGCAGUAUUCAGCUCAGCCGAGGAGACGUACGAGCGGUGGCGUGGUGCACCCCAGGACGAGCUUCUGGACCAAGUUGAGUGCGCCCUUGGUGCAUGCAAUGGCAAAUGGAAGCGCUUGGAUGAGCCGUACAGUACGGCAGCCCUGCUGGACUGGCUCACCCAGAGCCCCGCACGGGCGCUGCGUGCGGGCCCCCAGCUGCAUUCCUUGGUGGCGGAGGGAGGCAGCUGGGAGGAGGUGGCGCGGCUGGCACUCCGGGUGGCAAAGGAGGAGGUGGAGGAGGUGGCGGACAAGGAGGUGGAUCCACUGCAGGCGUUGGACAAGGGGCGCAUGUACGACGGCACUGUGGAGUCCGUUACGCCCUACGGCACCUUUGUGAAGUUGAGUGCCGGACCCACGGGUCUGCUGCACAUGAGCAAGAUCAGCAAGAAGCGCAUUGAGAACAUGAGCGAGGUUCCCCUCCGGAGGGGUGACAAGGUCAAGGUGGAGGUCCUGAGCGUGGACGCUGACGGGCGGCGUGUGUCCUUUGGCACCAAGCGCUUUGAGGACACACCAGGCGACAUGCUCCAAGACCCGCAGCGGGUGUUUCAGGAGGCGGAGAAGAAGUACGGCGGGUGCGUGUCUGCCUGCCAUUAAGCUGCAGUGCGGGGGGCGGAAGUACGUUGCGUUGAGCGCUGCCUAAGCACGUGAGGGGGAUUUGGUGCCGGCCUGUACCGGUAGCUGGGUAGCUGGGUACUACGUUGCUGGUGGUAGGCUUGCUUACCAGCAGCACCUACCGGUGACAGGUUGUUGCACAGGUGAUUAGGUAUUAAACAUGCAGUAAUGGUGCGAUAACACGUUGAGGCGAAGUACUUGCAUGACAGUUUAUAACGUUUCCAAAGACUGUGGCAUACCACGGUAGUUGGGGUACGGGACCCAAAGUGCGGUGCAUGGGUGUGGUGGUGGUUGGCGCUGCCGGUCUUGCACCCGGCCUUUCCGGUUGCCCUGAAUGAGGGCGUCUGCUGGUCUGGUGAGAAGAUAACACGGGUUAUUUAGUUUAGGGGAAGGCGUUCAUCUCUUGGGAAGGCAGCCAUCCCUUCUAUGACGGCAUGUUGGUAUUGAAGCGGUACCGGAAGGCAUAUCCUUCUAGACCGCCACUGGUGUUGGACGUCAGUCCUGGUUUCCGCCAUGGGCACGGCAGCAGUCUGGACGGGAGUUAGUGUGUGUUGUUGGAAGCUGGCUGCGGGUCGGAACGUUACUGUGAUUGCAUGGGGGUUGCAUGGGGAUGCUGAAAGGCGGCGGACAGCGUCCAUGACAACGCAACUUGUUCUCAUAUGUUACUUGUUGUGUUACGUAAAAGGCUGGUUAGAAACGACACGAGGCAGCAUGUUGCUGUGGAGGUAUAGUGUUGGUUGUUGCGGUAGUUGUAGCAGUCAGGUUCGCUUCUGUCGUGUCUGGUCUCACAUGCAGCAGGAGGUCACCCUUGUCCUUGGAGAGCGGGCAGUGGUGGAAGUGCGGUAUGUGGCACCCGAAAGCAAGCCUGCAUAGCCGGCAGACAGCUAGGUAGCCUGGGUGAGGGUUUAAGAAGGCGCUUCUGCGAGGAAACGCCUGCAAGCAUCCACCGGUAGCCCCUCCUCCACCCCCUCCUCCGGGGCGACAGGGACAUACAUCCGCAGGGGGCCUAGCAGGGGC